GCAAAAUUUCGGCGCAAAUUAAACCCUGACGCGUUGUUGACUUUUCCUCUGACAAAUUCCUUGCACAAUCGUCACUGAUAUAUUACGUACGCAGUUAUUUUAUAAUCUUGGGUACACUCAUUUGGUAUGGUUUGUUAAAAUGUAAUUAGAAAAAAUCGUGAAAUCGCACACAGAACAAUCACAUGCUCACAACUGAUUAUUUUUUGAGUUUCUGAUCCAGGGGAAAAAAUCCGAUUUUCAUUUAUGGUUAAUUAUUGUAAUCAGGAGCUCCACUUCUAGGCUUGGCUAAAUCUAUAUUUUACGAUUUCUAUUGGUUAAAGAAAAUUGGUGUCAAUCAAGACCACACUUCUCAUGUAGUUUAAGGCCUGGGUCAAAGGCUUUUACUGGUGAAAAUAAUUUAUUAGUCAUAUUUCUCAGUAAAUGGUUUGAAGUCACCAACAACAGUUCUUUUCAGAACUACACUCACCCGGACGAUCACACUAUAUGAACUAGUCAUAUUUCUGAAUGUAUAAAUGGCAAUGGAACCAGAUUUAGCACACAGUUAGGUUUUGACGUCCUGAAAAUUUUUAAGUAGAAUUAGUACUUCUGACAGGUCAUGUGACAAGUCACGUGACGUUUAGCGGAAAAGAGGCAUUAUUUGAGGAAUUGGUGGCGGUUUUUAGUAAUAACAUCCUGCAAAAACGCGUUUUAGAUGUAGGUCUAUUAUUUCCGUCCUCUCACGUUUGGAAUGACCGUUCCUCUUUUCACAGAAAAAAUUUAUAGGGUGAAAGGUCCUUUUUUCAACAUAAUAUGCCAGUUUUACGAGCACAAAAAGAUCAUGCAUUUAAUUUUCUUCUUGUUUAUAAUUAGGAUUUCCAAUGUCCCGUAUUACGUGGAAAAUUGGAUAGAUGGAGCAUGGAAAAGUUUCUUUCGCUCGAAUCCUACGUCACUUCCGUUGAAGGCGAGGAAAACAAAGAUCUCGUCCGCGAAGCACUAGAUACUUUUGCCACACAGGUGGCUCCUAAACUUUCGCUUCUGCGUCGGGGAACCAUCCACAAUGAUGUAAAUAAAGACAAUCUCCUCAUCGAAAUGAGCAGUGACAAGUUUAAAAUCUCAGGACUGGUUGAUUUUGGUGACAUACGUCACUCGUGUUUGCUGUUCGAAUUAGCAAAUAGCAUAGCUGCCUUCAUCAACGAAGAAGACGUGUUAUUGGUCAGCGGUUAUCUCCUAGCUGGGUACCAGGCUGUUUAUCCUCUUCCCGGUCUGGAGUUCGACUUGUUGUAUGACGUUGUCUCUGCGCGUUUGUGUCAAGUUUUCCUCAUCACGUCGAACCAUGAAAAGGAAUGCUUGAACAAUGAUUACCUUAGGAAACUGUUGACGGAUUACCUUGGCAAGUUCAAAGCUUGGUUGUCGAAUUCUAAGGCCGAUGCCGUGGCAUUUUGGCGAAAAGUUGAGUUCGAUGCAAACUUUCACGACAAGGAAUAUUACACAUAAACAACAAUCGCAACAACAACAACAACAACAAUAUCUUUUAUUUGGGUUAGGGUUAGGGUUACUUCGAAAGUAAGCUUAGCUGUGCUAAGGUCAAAGCUUGGUUGUCGAAUUCUGUGGAUGCUGUCGUGGCAUUUUGGCGGAAAGUUGAGUUUGAUGUGAUGCAAACUUUUACGACAAGGAAUAUCUAACAUUAACAAUCGCAAACUUCCAAAGAAAGCUGCACCUUUUAUUUUUUUGUAAUAACUGAAUGUCCGCAGAGCCUACCUGAUCUAUCCUUUUCGCUAAGCUAGUCAUCGUUUUUGCUCUGCCCGAAAUAUAUUUUCUGGAUAAGCUUCAACUCUAGUUAGUCGGCUUACGUCUCUGCAUAUGUACAGUAUAUCCUCUAUAUCAUAUAGCCAUCUUCCUUUAUAAAAUCGUCUUUUUUGCAUGCCCCCUUAACGGGAUAAAAACAAUGAAAUUCAAUAGGCCACGAUAUAUCAACAUUCUAACAUGGCUCCGAGGCUUUCAGGGCAAACUCAGUUUUAUAUUUGGUGGUGUUUUCUGUGUAUCCAAGUCUCUCAUUGGGAAUUAAAGACAAAAGGAACUUAAAAAGUUUGCAAUUUUGUCCUGAAACCAUAUUAGAAUACUAAUAUAUCGAACGUGACCCACUUGGUAUAUUUAUCGCCCUUUCCCCUCCUACUGCCCCAUAUUUUCUCCCCAUUGCAUUGUUAUGGACUAAUCGUAGAUAACUUUUUUUACACCCACGGCUGCUGAGAGGUCAUGCUGUAUUCUAUUAAUUCAACAGUAAUUUUGCGGAUUUGUUUAAACAAAAUCAAUCAGCAAGUUUUCUUACUGUAUAUGGGGUACUAACAGCAUAGCACUGUGAAUCGGACCGCUGGGGUCUAAUUGAAGAGCGGCGAUUUAAUUCUGUUUAAAGUAAGCCCCCUUGUAAUAAACCCCUCAGUUGUAAGACCAAAAAUAAAUUUAAAACUCCUGCUUUGCGCGUAAGAGGAAAUGGUGAAAGUCUGCGUACUGCGUACUGCGUACUAACCAGCAUGACAAAUUAAAAACCUUGACCGAUAAAAAUUCUCAGGAGUCUGGCAUGGGACCAUAUGCUGUUUAAUUAAUUUAGGAAAAUAACAAGGUAAUUUCGUGAGUGGAAUUUAACGUUAUAGGAAUAUAAUAAUUAUUAUGCUAGCUGAUAGGCUCUCCAAUGUUUAUGUAAAUUCGCUAACACCGAAAAAAAAAGGAGUGAAAUAACAAGAAAUGUUUGGAAUCUAUGUUAUCAUUUAUAUUUCCACGUUUCAUUAUUUUUUUUCAUUUAUGUCGUCAUGGCAUAUUUAAUUUUGGUUAAAUUUAAAUCUUGCUUAUUAUAAUUUCCACAUUGUUCAAUAUUUGUUUGAUGUACGCAACAAAUUGUUUGCGUUUAUUUGAUAAAAAUCCGUCUGCUUUAUUUUGCCCGCCGACUGGUGGUCUUCGUAAAUAUUUUAAUUCGAAACGAUGUAAUUUUACAAUAUUAUGGCGAGGAUUUUUCAAUAUUGCUAUGACAUGUGAAAUUGCAAUAAAUAUGGAUGAACUGUUAUUGGUUUUCGACUAGCCUUGAUCAAUAUUUUUUUAUUCCAAGUGCGUUUUCGUUUUGAUAGUUAACAAAAUAUGAAAUUGUUCCUAUUUUUCUUUUUUUUUUUGUCUAGAUACUCGCAUUUCUCCUGAUCAUCUUGUUAUUGUAAUUAAAUGACCAGGAAUUCAGAAGUAGAUGUCAAACAAUUUUAGGUGCUAAGCUGAUAUACGUAUUCCUUUAAAUUAGACCUGCCGCAUCGGGGUGUUGUGUAUAAAUUUACGUCCACGUUAAAUAAAAAAUAAUUCUGCUGUUGCGCUGUACAUAGAUUUUCCUUUAAGCAAUAAAAUAGCACUUAUAGUUAUAACAUUGAUUGUUUUCAAUCCAUCUUACCAAAAUAUUUCCUCUUGUCCAAAAGCCAUCCGUAUUUUAUUUUGCUUGAGUGAACGAAGGGCCUUGUCAAUUUAGUCGAAAGUGGGCCGAAGGUUAAUUCUA